CCACCAUCUAGGCAUAACAGUAAUAAGAAGCUGUGGCUCUCCUACCUAAGUGGACAAAACCAUGAUGCAUCCUCAAGUCUUCAUUUCAGGCCUCAUACUACUUCUCCCAGGUGCUCUGGGUUCUUACCCAGUAGUGGAAGGUGUGGUGGGUCACCCUGUGACACUGCCAUGUACUUACUCAACAAAUGGGGGAAACACUACCGCAUGCUGGGGCCUUGGCGAAUGUAAGCUUUUUUAUUGUUCAAGAACGCUUAUCUGGACCAAUGGAUAUCAAGUCUCCUAUAAGAGGAAGAGCCGAUACCAGCUAAAGGGUCAUAUUUCAGGAGGAAACGUGUCCUUGACAAUAGAGAAUGCUCUUCAGAGUGACAGUGGUCCAUAUUGUUGUAUAGUGGAGAUCCCUGGAUCUUUCCGUUAUGUGACCUAUUCCUUGGAAAUUAAACCAGAAAUUUCAACAAGUCCUCCAACAAGACCCACAACUACAAGAAGACCCACAACAACAGGAAGACCCACAACUAUUUCAACACAACCCACAUAUGUACCCACAUCAUCCCGAGUCUCCACCUCUACUCCUCCAACACCAACACACAGGCAGAGUCACACACCAGAACCCACUACGAUUUAUCCACAUCUGACAACAGCUGAGGUGACAGAAACCACAUCCUAUCCUCUUGCAGGUAACAAGGUCUCCUCCCUUAUCCCCUUGGAAGGUCCAGAUCUUGAUGAAGCUGGUGAAGAAUAG